AGUGAGCUCACGCACGUCGAAGGCGUUCGUCGACGUUCGUUGCGGUCUGGAUGCCAAAAAUGGCGUUUCUCGAUCGUUUUACUACCAUCAACGAAUUCAACAUCGAUUCCUAUUAAAACCUUACCGAUUAUCACAACUCAAAAAACAAAUAAAAGUAAUAGAAACGAGAUCGUUUCGUCGGUGCCGGGUUUUUGACGAGUGAAUGAUCGAUGAAAAUCUACGGCGUUGUCGUGUGUCUCCUCUUCGCAUAACGACUUUUUCUAUUUGAUAAAAAAACGAAAUCUCUAUUCGAGGAUCAACUUAACGAAUAAGAAUGCAGUCGACCGAGCAGUUAAGACCAGAGCAACUGGUGGGCCUGGUAGCUCGAUCAGCCGAGGGAACAGCCGCGAAGGGCAUGCCAAUUAAAGGUCACGAGGACUUGUGGGUGGAGAUUCAAGCAAAUACAUUCAGGAAUUGGGUGAACGAGCACCUGAAGCAUGCGGCCGAUGUAGGUAGCGAUCCUGUUUUGGACCUCGCCGAAGAUUUUAGAGAUGGUACACGUCUUUGUGCUCUUGUUGAGGUUCUCACUAAAAGACGUUUACCACGAUGGAAUCCAAGGCCAGCGAAUCAGCAUCAUCAUCUUGAAAAUGUCUCGACUGCGUUACAGGCUAUCGAGGCGGAUGGGGUGAAACUCGUCAAUAUCGGAAAUGUCGACAUCGUCAAUGGAAAUUUGAAACUUAUUCUCGGCCUGAUAUGGUCGCUUAUUGUGAGAUACCAAAUAGGCAAGUCCAAGUUCCCUCCAAAGAAGCUGAUGCUUGCAUGGCUCAAGGCUGUUUUACCAGAAUGCAGAGUAAAUAAUUUUACAACCGAUUGGAAUUCUGGUGUAUAUUUAAGUGCACUAUUGGAUUAUUGUAAGCCUGGAUUGUUCCCACAUUGGCGUCAACUCGAUCCUGAUGACAACGUCUACAAUUGCCAAAAAGCUAUGGAAAUAUCGAAACGAGAAUUUGAUAUUCCUAUGGUGUUGGAACCAGAAUACCUUGCGUCUCCAUAUUUAGAUGAACUCUCGGGAAUGACCUACUUAUCGUAUUUCAUGAAAGAAGGAUCACCCGGUUUCCAUGCCACUUUACGAUGGGUUAACUCACGUUUACCUCAUGAACCAAUACGAAACUUUAGAACCGAUUGGAACGAUGGUAGAGCAUUGUGCGCCAUCGUUAGAAAUUUAGGUGGACCUGCUCCAUCUUACGAAAAACUUCAUACCGAUCCUUCAGCUUGGGAACACAAUUUGCAAAUAGGUAUCGAUGGUGGUAAAAAACUAGGCGUGGAACCCAUUUUGAAAGCAAAAGAUAUGGCAGAUCAUAAUGUCGAACAUUUAGGCGUUAUGGCGUACGCAGCGUAUUUUCAAUGGGUGAAACCUCGCCCUCAAGCAAGCGAACAAAUUGUCGUUCAUAUAGAUAGUACAUCCGCUAGAGUACAACAGGCAGCACAUUUCAAACUGGAGAUGCUUACCAAAGAAGUUAACACACGAGAAGUUAGAGGUGAAGUUAUAAGUCCGAGUGGACGAGUCGAAUGUAGAUUAACUUGGAAUGGCGUACAUGGAAAAGGAACUUUUGUACCUACUGAAGUUGGAAUGCAUAAGUUAAUGGUAUAUAAUGACGGAGAAUUAAUCAAUGGAUGUCCCUAUUACUUCAGAGUUUUACCUGCCUUGACCAAAAUCAAAUCGCCCGGUAUGGAUCCUUGUGCAAUUGGAUCUAUCGUCGAGGUUCUAGUCAAUAGUUAUGGAACUAGUCACGAUGGGAUCGAUGUUACUGCAUGGUCACCGACAGGAAGACCAUUGGCAUGUCCAGUUAAAAAGAAUGAUGGUGUACAUACAGCAACAUUUCAACCAGAUGAAACAGGUGAAUGGAGUAUAGCGAUAACGCAUAAUGGAAAUCAUAUACAAGGUGGUCCAUUCACUUGUUUUGUGUUCGAUCCUAAUGGAAUCAAGUUACUCGAUACAGAUGGUGCUAUGCCAGGUCAACCAUUUUCCUUUAUUGUUGAUGCAAGAGGAACAGGAGGUCUCGGCGAUGUAAUCAUAGAUAUAGUACAUGAUAAGCAAUCUAUUUCUUAUAGAAUGGAAGAUAUUGGACAUAUGCAGUACCAUGUCUCAUUUGUUCCCUCUGAUGCUGGGAAAUACAGAGUUUAUGUUUACUUUAAUGGAUCAGACGUCAGAGGUUCUCCAUUUUCAAUAAGAGUUGGUACUCAGAAGGGUUCGAGAAGAUCAAAAGAAUCAACAUCCAGUUUAGAACGAUCGAAAGUAUCCUCUCUUGAAAGACGUAUGAAUGGAUUAAAUGUUUCCAUUACGCCAACUCGCGGCAGUCCUGUUCAAAAGAUUUAUUCCACUACUACGUACAAAUCAGCUAGCCCGACUCAACACGUUACCGAUUAUUCACCCGUACACCAGCAUUCUUCAACAUAUAAAACUUCAAACAAUUAUAGCAGCGAAAAUUCAACAUAUCAUAAAACAAAUUCUUUAAAUCAUUCACGUUCUCCGAAUCUUAAUCAAAGUCCUGUAUCUAGAAACGUUCAUAGUCCUUCUAUGAUCAAAGAAACAAAGGAAACAUAUUCAUCAACGACAUAUAAUCGUUCGAGAUCACCAGGAACUCAGACUCCGAGUUUAAUAAAGGAAUCAAAAGACAUUUAUGCAUCCAGCACUUUAACUAGAUCUCGAUCACCGAAUCUAAGCCCAGCGUCUCCAGGAUCGCAACAUUCACCGACCAUCAAGGAAUCAAGAGACAUUUAUCAAACUGGUUCCUUAAAUAGAUCUCGCUCGCCCAAUCGCAGUCCUAUGUUUCGUAGUGCUACGCAAAGUCCUGUCAGUAGAAGUUUUAGUCCAAGAAUAAGUGAUAAAGAAACCGGUUAUAAUGGAAGAAGUUUUAUGGACAAUAGUGUUGUCGAUACAAGUAGUAACGUAAGAGUAUCGUCUAUGGUGGGUGGUACUUCUCGUCGUGAUUCGUGGGACGCCAUAGCCAAAACAAAAUCUUUGCUUUCUUAUGGUAGCCUAGAAUCCCUUGCAAAUCUCACUAAUAACUCUCCGAUAGCUGAGCAUACGACAAAUACUCAAGAUCCUACAAGUAAUGAUUACAAAAAUGAUUAUCAUGCUUAUAGUACGAAAGAUACAACACAAACUAUAACAAAUACCGAGAAAUUUACCAGCGAAACUCAAAGUAAUCGUACGCAAACUCAUGGUAUUCUAAAAAAUAAAACUAAUAAUUAUUAUAAAAGCGUCGAUACUGCAGAUUCCACACAUGAUCGAUAUGUCAAUAAUGGUACUUACGUAUCAACGCAAAUAAAAAAUUCAUCACUCGUUACUGGGAGCGCUAUCGAAAUAUUACCUGUUCAUAGACCAACAACCUUCACUAUUGAUCCGAGUGUAGAUCCCAAUAAAAUUUCUGUUAAUGUUACAGGUCCAAAUGGUAAACUUAUACCCAUUCAGAAAUCAACUCUUCGUGGCUUAACGUAUACGAUAACUGCUGAAGAAGUCGGAGAACAUAUCAUACAAAUUUUGCUCAAUGGACAACACAUCAAAGGAUCGCCAUUUAGAUCACAAGCUUACAAUGCAAGAGCUAUACAAGUUGGUCAUAUACCGAAUGGAGUGGUCAACGAACCAGUUGAAUUUGAAAUUGAUGGCUCGAGAGCUGGAUCUGGAAAUUUAGAAAUUUUGGUAAACGGUGGCCAUGUUACGAGUUUUGUUAGAGCGCUAGGUAGUCAACGUUUCUUAGCAUCAUUCGUACCUCAUGAAGCUGUUACACAUUUGGUUGAAAUGACAUUCAAUGGCGAAGUCGUUCCCGGAUCAUCUUGGCGAGUGACAAUCAUGCCAGCACCAAAGAUGUCUGUUAUUGGUGAAUCAGUCAGAUUGGUACCUGCUGGUAGUCCUGCAUCAUUUGAAUUAUCUGCACUUGGCUUCAGUAGUAAUGAAAUUGAUGUACAAAUUUUAACACCUUCAAAACGACAUAUAUCUGCAAGAAUAGAAGAAGAAUCUGGUCGUACUGGAGAAUUUCGUGUUGAAUUCACACCAACAGAAGUCGGAAGUCAUCUUGUAGAAAUAAGCAUCGCGGGACAAAAGCUACCGGCAGGACCUCUUGUUGCCAAGGUGUAUAACAGCAGUUUGAUACAAGUCACUGAUGUACCUAGCGCUGUUGUUGGUCAUGCCUGUCAAUUUAGAGUUGACGCAAGUGCAGCUGGUGAAGGUCAAUUAGAAAUAUCUAUAAAUGAAGGAGAAGUACCAAAUCAUGUUCAAGUUGUGGGCGGUGGACGUUGCCUUGUAUCUUUCACCCCUGAGAUUGCUAAAUCACAUUACAUUGAUAUAAAAUUUAAUGGAGAAGCUGUACGUGGAUGUCCAUUUAUUUGUAAUGUGUCCGACACGAGCAGAGUCACAUUAAAUUUAAAUCAUUUAGAAUUGAUACCUGUAGAUCAACCGGCUAAUUUCCACAUGGAUGUUGAUGGAAGUGGAAGUGCUGAACUUGCGGUUUCCGUAAGGGGACCAAAUAUGGAAUUACCAGUUAAAGUUACUGGUGAUAUAAAUAGUGGCUUUACAGCUGAAUUUAUACCAAGAGAUGUAGGUGUACAUUCAAUUAGUGUUGAAUAUAAUGGUCAUCCAGUAAAUGGUACACCAUUUUUAGCCAAAGCAUUUAAUGCAGACAAAGUAUUAAUUGGCCCUGUUGCAAGAGGUAGUGUUGGACAACCAACACAUUUUACUGUUGAUGCAAGUCAAGCUGGUGAAGGAAAUUUGGAGAUUACAAUAUCUGCUCGUAGUCAAAAUAUCCCCACUCAAGUUACGCCUCAAGGCAAUGCUCGUUUCUCAGUCAGUUUUGUGCCUUUCGAGGCAUGUGAACAUAUCAUUAAUAUAGCCUUCAACAAACGAACUGUACCAGGCUGUCCUAUAAUAACAAGGGUGGGUGGUGAUAGCCAUGUAACUGUAAGUGGACAGGCAUUAAGCAGUGCUGGUUUAGGAAGGCAAAGCUAUCUUACUGUCAGUAACGUUGCCGGUAGCUUGGAAGAUUUAGAAGUUAAUGUUGAAGGGCCCAAUGGACAGGCCGUACCAGCUCAAGUCACUGACAACAAAGAUACAACAUGCACCGUGGCAUUUACACCAAGAGUAGUAGGAGAACACAGAAUAGCAGUAAAUUAUAGAAAUAUUCCAGUGGCUGGCAGCCCCUUCAGUUGCAAAGUAUAUGAUGUUACUGCCAUCAAAGUAAAGGAUGCUAAACGAGGUGUUAUUGGUACACCUGUUACAUUUUUGGUGGAAACAAGUCAAGCAGGACCAGGAAAUCUAGAAGUUACUGUAAAUGGAGGACGUGUACCAACUUCUGCUCAAGCACAAGGUCCUCAUACAUAUGCGAUAUCAUUUACUCCUAGAGAACCAAUUGUGCAUACUGUUGACUUAAGAUUCAAUGGUGAAGAUGUACCUGGAAGUCCAUUCAGUUGUCAGGUCAGUGAUACAGCUAAAGUAUUGAUAACUGAUGGGCUAGAAAAAGUAUCUGUAAAUCGUGUUGCAUCGUUUACCAUAGAAGCAGAUUCAUCUUUGGGAACACCUGUAGUAGAAGUAUUAUCACCCACAAGAGAGAGCUUACUAAUUCACAUUAAACAAAGUGCUCAUGGAUCAUAUACUGCUGGAUUUACACCAAAAGAUGUUGGUGAUCAUAGUGUUGAAGUGAAACUGGGUGGAUCUCACGUUGAAGGUAGUCCUUUUCUUGUAAAAGCUUAUAAUGCUGACAAGGUAAAAGUAACAGACAUAAAUAGUGGUGUUGUGGGCAAACCUGUCUUUUUCAGUAUUAAUGCCAGUCAAGCAGGUGCUGGUAAUCUUGAAAUCAUAGUCGCAGUCAAUGGUAAAAAUGUACCAAAUUAUGUACAAAGUGAAGGUAAUGCAAAAUUUAGAGUUAAUUUUAAACCACAAGAAGCUGCAGUACAUAGUCUUAGUGUACGUUUUAAUGGGGAACCUGUACCAGGUUCACCAUUUAGCUGUAAAGUAGUUGGUGCAGGUCAAGCAGUAAUAACAGGCAAUAAUCUAAAAAUGGGUGCUGUUAAGCGAUUGAUUUCUUUUACUGUGGAUCCACAAGCACCUUCAACAAAUUGUGACGUGAUUGUCACGCCACCUUCAAAUAUAGCUCUUCCUAUUACAAUAGAACCUAUUGAUGGAAAAUAUAAUGUAAGUUUUGUACCUACAGAAGUCGGCAGACAUAAUGUUAGCAUAUUAGUAGAUGGAGAACCAAUUAAAGGGUCGCCGUUCGCUUGCAAUAUUUAUGAUGUGACUAAGGUCCAUGUAUCUGGUCUUACAGAAGCCUUAUUAGGUCAAGCCACAACUUUUACUGUAGAUGCAGCAGAAGCUGGAGAGGGAACAUUAGAAUUGGUAGUAAGCACUGAAAAUAAUACAGUUAAAGCUGAGGUAGUUGCUUGUGCGCGUGGCCUUUAUGACGUAACAUUUGUCCCUCAAACCACAAGCACUCAUUAUGUUAACAUUAGUUUUAAUGAUGAUAAUGUCCCAGGUAGUCCAUUUAAAUGUCCUGUUACUACAAAUAUGUUAGAUGGACCUUCUAUGAUACGAGUUGGAAAUACAGCAUAUAUGGAUUUGGAUAUGUUAGGUCUACAAGGACCAGUAUCUGCAGAAGUAACAGGUCCAGAUGGAAUAAUUAUACCAAGUACAUUGACUAAAUUAUCUUCUACUUUAUAUAGAGUAGAAAUUCGAACUCGUCAAGUUGGUACAUAUAGUGUAAUGUUUAGUGAUGGUCAUAAAGUUAUUAGUUCUCAAACUCUUCAAGCUUUUGAUCCAAGUAAAGUAUCUGUUAAAGAAGUUGCUGAUGUAGUUUGUCAUCGUCCUGGAACAAUCCUAGUUGUUGCAUCAAAAGAAUCUGGACCUGGGAAAUUAACUGUAAAUGUUCGAGCUGGUGGAGCAGAUGUUGAUAGUUUAAUUCGCGAAGGAGAUAAUGGUGUUUAUGAAAUUGUUUUCCAUCCAACACGUGCAGCUCCUCACAAAGUGCAUAUCAAAUAUAAUGAUGUUCAUAUUUCAGGAAGCCCAUUAGAUGUAACAGUACGUAGUCCUACAGGUGGACGAGAAGUAACUGCAACUGGUUUAGGAUUGUAUCAAUCAUGUGUUGGUAAAGUAACAUCAUUUACUAUUGAGACAUUAGGACGUCCUGGGAAAGAAUUUGAUGUUGUGAUCAGUGGUCCACAAGGUAAUGCAGUACCUGUGAGAUGUUAUCAGCAUAGGGAUGGAAAUUUACUUGCUGAAUUUACUACUAAUUCUGUAGGUACAUAUAAAAUUGAUGUCUUGCAUGGUGCAAAACCAGUUUUAGGUUCUCCUUUUUUCUGUCAAGCAUUUGAUGCUUCAAAAGUAAAAUUACAAGAAUUAGGGCCAAUGACUGUAACUGUUCAUGAUCACAUUGCACUUAAAUUGAUGAAAACGGAGGCUGGAAUGGCAGAUUUAGACGUAACCGCAACAAGUCCUUUAGGACAAGAACUUCCUCUACAAGUUACUCCUCUUAACGAUGGAGCAGAAAUGAUAGAAUUAUCACCUAGUGUUCCUGGAACUUAUAUGAUUAAUAUUACUUAUGGUGGAUGUUCUAUUCCUGGCAGUCCAGUAGCUUGUACAGUAGAUGCUGCUGGACAAGCUCGUGCUAAAGGUGAAGGUUUGCUAAGUGGCCAUGUAGGUAAAUCAGCUCAUUUUAUUGUUACUGGCACAAGAAGUCCUCCAGCAGUGCAGGUGGAUGGUCCAGAUAGUGUUUCUAAAGCAACUGUAGAAGCAGGUGUUAAUCCAGGAACUUGGAAUGUAUCUUACAUUCCUAUUGAAGUAGGUGUAUUUGACAUUAGGGUUGUUUCUGCUGGUCAACAAUUACCUGGAUCCCCUUGGCAUCCAAAGAUUAUAGACACUCGUAAUCUUCGUGUUAUUGGUGGAUGGACUGCUGUUUGUGAUGAUAUUGGUCGUUUAAAAUUACACCCGUCUAAUAAAAUCAGUUUUGACACUGCAGAAGCAGGGCCUGGUGAACUCACUGGAAAUAUCGGAGAUCAUCCAUUGACAUUUGAAAUGACUUCUAGUAACAGACUGAAACUAGUACCACCUCAUUUAUCUAGUGGAGAACAUCGUUUAGAAAUAUUUUUUAAUGGUGUACCUUUUCCUGGAGCACCAAAACUUGCAUAUGUUCAAGAUCUUGAGCCGCCAGUACAAGACACUAGUAGAGUAUUAUUGCGAGGUCGGGGGUUAACUUCAGCAAAAUGCGGUGAAGAAGUUAGUUUUAUAAUAGAUGGUUCUCAAGCUGGUAAUGGUACUCCAAAAGUACAACUUUUCUCUCCUACUAGUGAACUUAAUGUAAUGCUGCAACAUUUGGGUGACAGUGUAUACCGUGCAAGUUAUAUACCACAAACACCAGAUCCACUUCUAAUGACUGUCUCAUGGAAUGGCAGACAAUUAAAAGGAUGUCCUUUACAAAUUAAUGUAACGAGCGCAGCAGAUGCAUCAAGAGUUAUCUGUUCGGGAGAUGGUUUAAAACAUGGCAUUGUUGGACAAGAGAUAAGAAGUUUUAUUGAUACAAGAAGAGCAGGACCUGGUGAGCUGACAGCACAUUGUGUUGGUCAACAUAAAGUAGCUUAUUGUGAACUUUAUGAUCAUGGUGAUGCAACGUUUACUCUUAACGUGAAACCUCAAGAAGCAGGCCGACAUGCUUUAACAAUUAAAUAUGCAGGAGAACACGUACCAGGUUCGCCUUUCACGCUACGUGUUUCUGGAGCUCCUGACGCAUCAAAAGUUCGAGUAUAUGGGCCAGGAAUCGAACAUGGUGUAUUAGCAACAUUUCAAUCUCGGUUUAUCUGUGAUACUCGAGGAGCUGGCGCUGGUCAAUUAACAGUGAGAGUAAGAGGACCUAAAGGUGCAUUUAGAGUUGAAAUGCAAAGGGAAACUCAAAAAGACAGGAUAAUCCUUUGUCGUUAUGAUCCAACAGAGCCUGGUGAUUAUAGAGUAGAAGUACGCUGGGCUGGUGUACUUGUGCCUGGUUCACCAUUCCCAGUUAAAAUUGUUGAUACACAAGAUGAAUUAUUAAUGCUCACACAGGGUGGAGAUAAUUAUUCGACAGGCCAUCAUACUAUCACGUCAUGGCGUGGGUCGCAAGCUAUAUUGUAAAAAAUUGUCAUAUAAUAUUGUUAUUACUUUAUAUGGACUAAUAAUAUAUUUCAUAAUAUAUA